AGACAUGGCCCAAAUGCUGCCAAAUGGGACCAGAUCAGUCCAGGAUAUCUGGUCAGCAUGGACAAGUUAUUUUCAAGCUGCAUGACCCGAUGAGCAGUCGGGAUUACUGGUCCAGUCAUAGUCCCACCAUCUCCUCCUGAAUUUUGCAGUAAAAAUAAUGGAGAUGCCUAUAUUUCCAUAAGCACUACACUCACCAGAGGGAAGUGGACAGAAAGCCGGUGUUGAAACGAUAAUGUGAUAAAAUGAAUGUCAUUCACAUGGUUUUGCCAGGACCAAACACUUGAUGGGAGGGCCAGGAGCUUAACAAUACACAAUUUAUAUUUAAAAGCUGAGAAACCACCACCAAAAAUACAACAUAAUUUUCUUUCAGUGAGUUAUGUACCAACAGAGAUCAGUGGGAGAGAAUGUAGGGAGAAUAUUUUCCGCUCAGUGUUGGGGGGUUGGGGUCUGUUACUCAUUUCCUGAAAACGGAAUGGGGGCAAAAACCCUCAAGGUUUAAACAUACAGGGAAAUGUACCCCACCUUACAGGGCCACAUCCCAAAAGGGGGGAAGAUGGGGUGACACUGGCACUCACUUUUCCAGUUUCUCCAUCAGUGACCGGCUGAGUAGCCUCUUGCUGGGCACUUUCUCUCACAUUUUCUGUAAAUGCAUUUUCUUUCACAACUUUCCUCCAGAAUUUCAUUCCCUCAUUGUGUCUGUGAUCUAACAUUAAAACAUUCCCAACGUUAGCAAGGGGUCCUGUUUUCUCCAUGUAUGGGGAAGUGAAGAAAUGAUUUCAGAUUAAAACAUUCUUCACCCGGUGACUGUUUCCGAAAUGCUGCAAUUGUAAUUUCUCACUGAUGUUGUAAGCUUGUUCCGGAAGCUGCCAUCCUCUUCCUUUCUCUAAAUGGUCAAAGGUGAGACAUCGCAAAGUUUUCUCAACAGAAAUCGCGUCGCUUUCAAGUGCCAUUUAAUUCCAUCUUGGAGAAAGUUUACCAGAGGGAGCUGCUCCAGUCACAUCCAGCCGACGGCGAAUUAGUCCGAGACACCAUGAUGGAAGGUGCCGGUGGAUACAGAAAGGAAGCCCUGUAUGAACUAUCACCAUCUCGGUGCUGCCUGAGCUGAAUGUGUUCAGCAGUGCAGGGACAGCAAAACUGAAAGGGGUUUGAAUCAGGAAGUGCUGAGGGUGAACAUGGCUUCCAGACAGCAGGUCCAGAGUUUGACCGAGGAGGUAAUCUGUCCCAUUUGUCAGGAUUUCUUCACUGAUCCGGUUUCACUGGAUUGCGAACACAACUUCUGCUGCUCCUGUAUCAACCAGAGUUGGGAAAAGCAAGAGAUAAACUCCUGCCCGGAAUGUAGACAGGAGUUUCCGGACAGAAACCUCAGAGGCAGCCAGGCCUUAGCGAAUCUGGCCGAGAUAGCUCGAACAUUAAAUGUGAACCCACAAGAGAAGGAAAGUAACCAUCACUGUGAGGAACAUCAGGAAGAACUGAAGCUGUUUUGCGAAACUGACAAGAAAUUGAUGUGUCUGGUUUGUAGAGAUUCCCGGGAACACAAAUCUCACAACUUCAUCCCGGUUCAAGAAGCUGUUGGAAUCUACAAGGAUCGGGUGAAAUCUUCCUUGGAUUCUCUCACAGAGAAAAAAUCAGCAGCUCUAGAAAUGGAGCGGGAGCAGAAACAGAAGAUUUCCCAAAUUCAGGAGGAAUACAGCAGUCUGCAAACUCACAUCAAAUCCGAGUUCACUAAAAUGCACCAGAUGCUGACUGAGAAAGAGCAGAGUUUACUCCGAGAUCUCAGGGAACAAGAGGAAAACAUUCUCAAAGCAAUGGAGCAAAAUCUUUGUGAAAUUCAAAAGAAUUUAAAUUCUCUUCAGCAGAAACUCUCAAACUUGGAAAAACAAUUGGAACAAACAGACGGAGUGAUAUUUCUAAAGAAUUGGCAAUUCUCAGCAGCUUGUAACAAUGUGAGUUGCAAGUUGGUGAAAUUACUCAGGAAAGUGUUUGUGCUAAAUUUCUAA